AUGACAUUUAACCCAGAACAAUAUUUUAAUAAACUUGAAAUCAAAGCUUCAGAUUUUUCUUUACCUUUACCACCAAAACCUCAUCCAAUUCAUCCAAAUAUUGUUAAUUUAUCAAAUGCUAGACCAAAUGUAGGUUUUUAUCCAAUUAAAUCAAUUUCAAUUGAUUUGAAAAAAUCUCCAUUUGAACUCGAUAAUGACAAUUCAACUUCAACUUCAACUUCAACUUCAACAAGUUUAAAAAUUCCAUUAAUUGAUAAUGAAGAAUCUUUAAAAAAAUUAGAUAUUACUAAAGGUUUAAAUUAUGCUCCAUGGCAAGGUUUCCCACAAUUAUUAUCACAUAUUGAAAAUUUUACAAAAUUUCAUGGUGUUAACUUGGAUGAAUUUAAAUCAUUAAUAACUUCAGGUUCUGGUGAUUCAUUAAAUAAGAUUCUUCAAGGGUUUAUUGAUCCUGGUGAUACAAUCCUUGUUGAAAGUUCUACAUAUACUCCAAUCUUUGCUCCUAUUGAGUUUAAUAAAGGUAUUAUGAUUCCAAUACCUGUUGAAUUUGAUCCAAAAGGUGAAAAAACUCAUUUAAAUCCUGAAAUUAUUGAAGAUUUAUUGGAAAAUUGGUCAAAAGGUCCAUAUAAAGAUUUAAAAUUUCCAAAAAUUUUCUUUACUGUACCAACACAAAAUCCUUCUGGAUUAAUUACAUCAAAUGAAAUUAUUCAAAAAAUUAUUAAAAUUGCAGAUAAAUAUGACUUAUUAAUUAUUGAAGAUGAUCCAGAUGGAUUCAUUCGUCAUUUACCAACACCUUUAGAUGAGUCAUCAACUAAUAAAUCACAAUAUUUAUUUUCAAAUUCCAAAUUUCAAGAAUAUAAAAGAUCUUUACAUAAUUCAUUAUAUUUAUCAACAAAUUCACCUCGUGUUUUCCAUUUAGGUACUUUUUCCAAGACAAUUUUCCCAGGUAUGAGAAUUGGUUAUAUAACUUCAAAUAAUAAAUUUAUUGAUCGUUUACAAGAAGUUAGUUCUACAACAACAAAAUCACCAUCUGGAUUUUCUCAAUUAAUUUUAACAAAUUUAUUUAAUCAUUGGAAUGAAUCAUUAAGUUCCAUUAUUGAAGGAUAUAAUGAAGAUGAAAGAGAAGGAGCUGAUGGAUUUUUAUCAUGGACUUAUCAAGUUUCAAUAGAAUAUACAAAAAGAUUUGAUAUUGUUUUUAAACAUUUAAAAAACUUAAAAUCUGUUACUAGAGAUUUAAUAUCACCAGUUAAACCACAAGGUGGGAUGUUUUUCAUUAUUAGAUUUAAUUUUAAACUUGAUAGAGGACAAUUUGAAGCUUUAAGAUAUAAAUUUAUUAAAUAUGGUGUCUUGAUUAUCUUGGGGAAUAUGAUGAGUUUUGAUAAAGAAUAUAGUGCAAAUAGUGAUUUUAUUAGAUUAACUUUAUCUAAUGUUGAUAAUUCUGAUCAAAUUAUUGAAGGUAUUAAUAGAUUAGAUAAAUCUAUUUUAGAAUAUUAUGAUUUUGACUAUAAGAGUCAAGCUAAAUUAUGA